AUGCGCUUGUCAGCUCUCUUUCUCGCCUGCAGUCUCAUCUGGUGCGAUGUAGUGUCGGCAUCGUGGCAAUUGCUAUCUCGCCCUGAUCUCCAAGUUCCUCGCUUGAACAUUACACACCCUGCUCAAGCCGGUCUGACAGCGCCUGGAUACUUCUUUAUCGCUCCUUUUGCCGGCGGCAGCGAUCAAGAGAAGCAUGGACCUCUUCAACCUGGACCUUACAUCUUCGACGAUCAGGGUCAGCUGGUAUGGUCCGGCUUCGCCCAGUACUUCUCCAUCUGGACCGUCAACCUCCAGACGACGACGUAUCACGGCGAGCCUGCAUUGCUGGCUUUUCAAGGCAAACACAAUGCUGCCCACGGGCAUGGGCAUGGGCACCUCAAGUUACUCGACGCAAAGUAUGAUGUUAUCCGUGAGAUUCGCGCGGGCCACCAUCGCUUGAUCGACAAGCACGAAGGUCAGGUCAUAAAUGAUGGCAAAAGCGCGCUUUUCCAGAUCUACCAGCCGGUACCGAGAGAUCUGUCGGCCUACGGCGGCGAUGAAGACCAUCAGUGGAUCGUCGAUGGCAUCUUCCAGGAGGUGGACCUGGACACAGGCGAUGUAGUCUUCGAAUGGCACUCCCUCGAGCACGUCCCACCCUCGCACUCCAAUAUCAGUUUGACAUCUGGCCAAGCUGGCAAUGGGUUGGGCUCCUCUGAAGCCUGGGACUACUUCCAUAUCAAUUCGGUCGACAAGAAUGACGAAGGAGACUACCUUCUCAGUGCCCGUGACGUCAACUCCGUCUACAAAAUCGACGGCAAGACAGGCAGAGUCCUCUGGCGGCUCGGUGGUAGGAACCAGCACAAUGACUUCCGUCACCUCGACAACGAAGUUGCUUUCUCCUUCCAGCACCACGCCCGAUAUCAGGGGUACGACUCGCAAGGUCGCGAACUUAUCUCCUUGUACGACAAUUCAGCCCACGGGACCGAGACUGACACUGGCAGUCAGCUUCACGAUGCUCCCACCUCUUCGGGCAAGAUCCUCGCUCUUGACCAUAAGGCCAAGACGGUGGCUACAGUGCGAGCUUUCUACCCGCCGUUUAAGCUGCUAAGCAAGUCGCAGGGUUCCACUCACGUGCUUCCCGGUGGCAACGUCGUCGUCAAUUGGGGAUCAGAAGGUGCCGUCACCGAGUUUACCUCGGACGGGACGGUCGUCUUUCAUGCAUUCCUUGAGAGUGGACCUCUUGGAGUAGGCGUACAGAACUACCGAGCUUUCAAGAACGAGUGGAUUGGUAGGCCAUCGGAAGAAGCCGCCGUUGCUGGUCUCGUGUAUGGAGCUGAACAUCGUUCCUACAAGGUACUCUUGGCCGCUUCUUGGAAUGGCGACACAGAAGUCUCACACUGGCGCUUCUUGGGCAAGGACGUCGAAGGCAACCGCAUCGACCUUGGAGGCAAGGUAGCACGGGUUGGAUUUGAGACUCGUUUGACUUGGGUGAGGGCACAAGGUUACAAUGCCAAAGACGAGCUCUUGACAACGACUCGCUGGGAGCCAGUCGAUCAUGAGAGACCUGUACCUCCUGCCUUUCGGCGUACAAAGGAGCUGUCAAGGAUGGAGGAGCAGCAGGAGAAUGACCGAUUGGACGGGGUAGCUUCGCAGACGGGCUCCUGGAUCGUAUUCCAAAAGCAGGGAUAG